GGAAAUCCGCCGUCCCAAAGGGAAAGCUCUUCUCCGUCCACGGAGAGAGGAUUCUUCUCGAUUCUUCCCUCUCUCUCUGGAACAUUCUUCUACCGCUUUUUAUAGUCCAACGCUCCGCGAUUCUCCUCAUCCGUCCGAAUAGCCUGAUCUUUCGCUCGCUUUUGCUACGCUACUCGCUCUUUGACUCUCACUCGCAAGAUUUCUCUGACUAGAAAACUGCAGAAAAAUGAGUCCAGUUGCAGAUGCUGCUCUCUUCAACGGAAAUUUGGCUACCGCUGUAAACCAUCUACUUCAUCACUUCCCUGAAAGCAUUGAGAAGAUGGUGUUCCCCUCGCACUCUCACGAGAGUAAUGAAAGUAAGGGGAUGGACAGUGUCCCAGCUGACAUACUCGAGACUGCCAAGGAGUACGUGUUUUAUCUAGACGUGCCUGGACUAUCCAAGACUGAUAUUCAGGUGACAGUUGAAGAUGAAAACACUCUGAUAAUCCGGGGUGGUGGGAAGAGGAAGCGUGAGGAUGGAGAAGAUGAAGGGUGCAAGUACAUUCGGUUGGAGAGGAAGGCAUCUCCCAAGUUCCAAAAGAAGUUCCGCCUGCCCGAGAGUUGCAACACGAAUGCAGUUUCUGCAAAAUGCGAGAAUGGUGUUUUGACUGUUACGGUUGAGAAGCUUCCUCCGCCACCCAAGACCAAGUCUGUGGAAAUCACAAUAUCCUGAAGGACGGGGAGAGAAGGGGGGAAGAUGGAUUGCCUGAGACCCUACCCUUGUGCUGGACUGCUGGUACAGUAUAAAGAACUGCCUUUUUUUGUGUGUACAAGGUCUGUAUUUUGAAAAAGAUCGAUGUGGGGCAGGCUUUCUGUGUUUUUCCGGUAGAUGUUUAUGGUCUAUGCAUUUUGAUUAAGUAGGUUUUAAAAAAAUCAGCUUUUCCAUGUGGGCUA